CAGCAUUUCUUUCUUUGCAAAGCUCUGCUGUCCGCCUCGUUCUUAAUGCAAUUGCCUGGGGGAGUGAGAAGGCGCCCCGGGGGUGGGGAGUCUGUCGGCUGCGCGGCGGCUGCAAAGGGCAACCUCCUGGCACCAUUGCCGCAGUCUCUCUAGGGACUGUGCUCUCGCGGAGGAAGAUGGUGUCUCUGCUGCCAGCCACAGCGGCCCGCGCGACCUCCCCAGUCUCUGCGCGCACGUGCGCACCUUCCUGGUCGUCGUCGGCUGUUUGUUCUCCUCCUCCUCCCUCCCUCCCUCUCCCUCCCUCCCGCAGGCAGCUCGGGACUGGGACCCUCGCCGGCUGCCGGGCGGAGGCAACGACGGCCAAGCUUUCUCCCGCUGGCAGGCUGCUGAGUGGAAGCCGCCCUACAGCCGCUUAUGCAACACAUCAUCGAGAACCAUCCCGACAUGGCAACGGCUCUACUGGCUGGGGAGAAACUCAAGGAGCUGAUCCUGCCCGGGCAGCAGGACGAAAAGGCGGGCUCCCUGGCGGCACUGCUACUGCAGCUGAAGCUGGAAUUGCCCUUCGACCGCGUGGUCACCAUCGGCACCGUCCUCAUCCCCAUCCUUCUGGUCACGCUGGUCUUCACGAAGAACUUUGCCGAGCUCCUUUUAUAGGUUAUAUGCACAUCAGUGACUUUUCUCUCUGUUAUACAGAGGAGCCAAUAUACUGUUACACACCACACAACUUCACCCGUGACCAAGCCUUGUAUGCCAGAGGAUACUGUUGGACAGAACUAAAAGAUGCCUUGCCAGGAGUAAAUGCCAGCCACUGGCCCUCCUUGUUUGAGCAUAAGUUCCUUCCUUAUGCCCUGCUGGCUUUUGCUGGUAUUAUGUACAUUCCUGCGCUUGGCUGGGAAUUCAUGGCCUCUACCAGACUGACUUCUGAACUUAACUUUUUGCUCCAGGAAAUAGAUAAUUGCUACCACCGUGCAGCAGAAGGCCGUGCACCCAAAAUAGAAAAGCAAAUCCAGUGCAAAGGCCCCGGGAUUACCGAGCGAGAGAGAAGAGAGAUAAUUGAGAAUGCUGAAAAGGAAAAGAGUCCAGAGCAAAAUUUGUUCGAGAAAUACCUGGAACGCAGAGGCCGCAGCAAUUUCCUAGCCAAACUGUAUCUUGCACGACAUUUGUUCAUCAUAUUCUUAAGCAUCAUUCCAGUCACCUACUUGUCUACCUACUAUGCUACACAAAAACAAAAUGAAUUUACUUGUGCUCUGGGCGAACCUCCUGACAAAACCAGCAGUUCUAAGUUGCUCAUUAGAGUAAACUGCAAACUGCCAUCUGUGCAGCUCCAGCGCAUAAUUGCAGGAGUAGAUAUUGUUCUUCUUUGCUUCAUGAACUUAAUUAUUCUCAUCAAUUUAAUUCACCUUUUCAUAUUCCGCAAAUCCAACUUCAUCUUUGAUAAACUGAACAAGGUUGGCAUCAAGACAAAAAAGCAAUGGCAGAAAUCUCAGUUCUGUGAUAUCAAUAUCUUGGCUAUGUUCUGCAAUGAAAAUCGGGACCAUAUCAAAUCGCUGAACCGCUUGGACUUUAUUACCAAUGAGAGUGAUUUGAUGUAUGACAAUGUGGUACGGCAGCUUCUUGCAGCACUAGCCCAGUCUAAUCACGAUGUCACGCCAACAGUGCGCGAUUCUGGGAUACAAACCAUAGACCCAAGCAUUGAUCCUGCAGACAUUGAUCCCAAUGAGCCACUGAUCAUUAAGAGACCUCGAAAGAAAAUGAAAUGGAUCCCAAGCACCAAUCCCCUUCCUCAACCAUUCAAAGAGCAGUUGGCAACUAUGAAGGUUGAAAAUAACAAGCCCGAGAAGCCUAAGCCAGUCCGUCGAAAAACAGCCACAGACAGCCUGGUGGCCCCUUUGCUAGAGACUACCUCGAAAAAUUCUCAGCCAUCUGCUACCAAAACCGAAUCAAGCACUCUGUCCUGCACAGGUAGUGAGAAGAAGCAUGCAAGGCACUUUUCCUUAGACGUCCACCCAUAUAUACUUAGCAGCAAUAAAAAACCCAAGCCAGAGAUUCAGCCUAUAACCUCUCUGGCAACAUCCAAAAGCCAAGGAAGUGGAUUUUUAAACCAAGAAGAGAAAGUCAUAGUGUGUGUCACCUCUGCCCUCAAAGAUUCUUCCCUUCCUGGAAAAGAUACUCUUUACUCACAUGACACAUGCAGAAGUGUGCCUGCCACUGGCACUUUUCUCAUGUGCAGUCAUAACCACAUAGCAUCUUCAGCAGCAGCAGCAGCAGCAGCAAAUGUCACCCUGGGACAGGUCACCAAGGCAGAACCAGUGGCUGCUCUAAACUGUAACCCCACACACCCUCUUCUGCACAUCAAAACGCUAUAUGAAGACCAUGGAGAAGAGGUGUCAGACCUUAUAGAUGAUUCUUCAGACAAUAGAAUUAACUCACCAACAGAAGCAGGGGAUAUAAUCUCCAUACCUUCCACAAAGAAAAUCAUGUUGGCAACCUUUGAUGAACCAUUAGCAAUAGUGAACUCUGUUGAGUAUUGAAGACACCAAGCUAAUGCUGAUAUACACUUAAACCUGAUGGGCUCACUUCCUGGUACCACUGUAAUGUGAACCAUGCUCCCCCUACCAAUGCCAUCCACUGCAUGAGCAUGGAGUACUGAAAUGCAGACCAUAGGUUUCAUUAAUACUCUUAAUCGGUCAUGCAGGGUAGUGACAUCACUGCUAUCAGUAGCUUGCAAAAUAUAACGAUGAUUAUGGUAACGCCAACCAAAUUAUGGCAUGCCAAGAAUCAUAAGCACAAAAGACGUUAGGUGUAGCUUCAUGAAUUUAAAUGUUGAUUACUACAAUGAUCCAAAUAUGUAAUAGCACUUAAUAACACAUAAUAACACAUGGCGUUCCUUCAAAAAAGCACUUACAUCUUUGGUACUCUGAUUAAAUACCUAAAGUAACAAAUCAUAUACCUAUAUGAUAAUUAUUCUUCCAUUUUAAGAGACAGCAAUUAAAUAGUGUUUUGUCUCUAAAGUGACCGUAGUAGUAGUAAUAGGUUUCUACAGCAAAGUUGUUUGCAAGCUGCAUUUUGGUUCACGAGGUCUUGGAGGUACCAGUGACUGAGGGCCAACUGGACUCAUACCAGCAUUCAUGCAAAGAAAGCAAACACCUCUCAGUCUGCUGCACUUACGAAUGACAAUACCAAGAGCUCUGUCCUGCCUUCUGGUGUGUUUUUAUGCACUGAAAGAGAUGAUAAAAACAAAGUUUAUUUUUUAAAGUAUAUUUUAUUGUGAAUGAGAUAGCUUGUCCAGACAGAUUUUAGGCAGGAGAAAGGGUUUGUCCUGUAGUUUCUUAUUUUUGUUAGUGGAGUGAUGUCUGUGGACCAGGUUAGAAGCUAGCAGAGGUGUUUAAUUGAAGUGAAGAACAUUCCAGUGCUGCUAAAAAAUACCAAAUAUUUGCUAAUUGGUCAUGGAGUUGAUAAAAAGACUCACUUGCUUAGGAUUUGUCUGCACUUCAGUUUACCACAGGUUAACUUUUUCCAAUGAUGCAAAUGUUUUGAAACAACAAUCCAUGCCACCCAUUGGAAAAUCAUUUCACUUCAAGUUGCUGGUAGGGGAUUUGCAUGUUUGGUUUGAAAAAAAAUAUCCCUACAUAUGGCAAUCUAGCAUGCCAGGGGGAAAUAUAUUGGCCUUGCCUUCUCUUUGAUGUCCUAAAUCCAUUAGGAGGUCUUUUCUUUUACAUGGGAAAGCAUUCAGAUAUGCAGUCUCCUACCCAUAAACUGGGGUGGUCCAGUCUCGUAAAGGAAGGUUGUAUUGUGUAUUGCUUCUUCAUAUUUGAGCCAACCAUGGUCUAAAUAAUGUUUAAUAAUUACAGUCUAUGUCACACUCUUUCACAGUGUUAAAAUAAUCACAAACAUGCAGAAUUGUAGCUUUUCAUCCCCAUCAUGAGUUGUAUCUGGGGAGAUUCCUGCAUGCACAUAAUACUUGGCACGAAUAAGAACUGCUUUUUUCUCUUCUGUGUUAGGAGACUGCUCUGCACAUGCAAUCUCCCAUCCAGAAGAAGGGAAUGAUCAUCCCUACACAGUCCCAAGCCAGUAAACAUUGCUUGAGAAUGUGUCUACUAUCCUUUGCCAUGGCCCUGCACAGGGAUUUGCCACUAUUGCCUUACCUAAGCCUAGAAACUGGUGCAUAGCAUCUUUUGUUCCUUUCCCUUCCAUCCUCCUAAAAUAACUCACUCCAACAACAUCCAUAAGAGUUUUGAAGUAUUUUGGAGAAAGAGGAAUUUAUGUAUGCUCAUAGAAACUACCAGCAGUGCCUCUCUGACUGUACCAAGACUGUGGGUAGCAGUAGCAGAUAUCCCAAGCACUGGCUAGUAAGGAAAUCAGGAAGUCCCAGAAGUGCUCUUAAACAUUUGCCAAGAUUUGUUUUGAGCAAGAGGGAGCUGCCCCUUUCUUUGGGUGCCAGUAUAUGCAGAGAAAUGGUUCUACAUAAGUUCUUUCUUAAAAUAAUUGUAUGAACCCAGCAAUAAAUCAAAAGUACAAAGCCACUCAGCCACAGUUAAUUAUUUAAGCGCAUUAUAUUUCACAAGUCAGUGAUCAUGGGACUCAAAGAAGCACACACAGGGUCGCCAGGCAACAGAUCUCAUCCAGGUACGGACCAGAGCUCUACCUGCUUAGCUUCUGCAACAUUUAUUUAUUUAAACAUUUCAUUUAAAUAUUAUUUAUUAUUAUUUUAUUUCAACAUUGCUAUAUCAUGUGUCUUCAGGCCACAGAACUGGUAUGAUUAUUUAUUUCAUUUAUCAUCAGGUCAGGUUAAUUGAAAACCAGCACUGCAAUAAGAAUUAACAAUGUACACCACAAAACUACAUGAAAUUUCUGCAAAUAUUUAAACAACGCAAUCUUUCCUUCAUAAAAACGUCCUUAUGAGCAAUUUAAUUUUACACAUUGAAGAGAAUGAUGGUCAUGCAAGACUGACCCUUCCUGGCUAGGAGGGGCCACCAUGGAAACUGCUCCCGUAAGAGCAACUGUUGAUCUUUCCUUCUUGCAGCAUGGCAGCUUCAGAAGGUCUUGGACAAUUGAGCAGAGCUAUCCCAGCAGAAGAUCCCAGGAGAGGCACCCCUGCAGAUCAUGAGGAAUGUUUGCCUAGGGUCCUACCUCUGUACAUUUUUCACAUGUUGUGUUCAUUAUAAAUCUAUGAAUACAAACUGGAAACAUUUACUGGUCUGAGAAGAGGUGCUACUCAAAUCACACAAACAUGGUGGCAUUUCUAUCAAUUUCCAAAGAUUCUGCAGGACUCUUCCUAGACCCAUUUCCCUUCCGUUUUUACCUGUGGUAAUGCAAUAGUGUAGAAAAGCCUAAUCAAGCAGACUCAAACUUGACAUUGAAAUCAGUGGUAAACAUACUGAAAGAUGAAGCAAAGUUUUCUAAGUACGGCAUGACUCCAGGCUUUACACUACAGGAUCUUAAAUCUGCAGUCUUUUAUCUCAAUGUCACUCGAGUUGGCACGAAGCACAUCUUUGCUUAUGUGUGGAAUUUCUUAGAAGUAUAUAUUUAGUAGUUCUUAAAAGGCACAUGAAAAGUGUAUCAUGCAAUAACAGUCCUUGAAAUUUUUCGAAGGAGAUAAAGAAAGGGGAUUUU